AUUAUAUAUGAUUUAAUGAUUGUCCAAGUCCAGCCUCUCACCUCUGUAGAGCCCUGUUCCACAGCGCCCCCCAUCUCUCUGCGGUGCUCACAGCAGGCUGGCUGUCAGAGUCCUCCUCCUCUCCCUCCUCUACCCCCCUCGGAGACUCCUCCUCCGCCAUGUUUGACUGUAAACAUCCUGCCGAUUUUAAAAGGACAGCGUUGAGCGGGAGGAAGGCGACUGGCGCCAUCUUGGCUGUUUUAAUGAGUACAACAGGGGAGAAUUCGCUGGGAGAUAUCACAUAAUAAUUUGAAUUUUCACUCAUAAAGGGGCCCAGUCGGUGAGCCAUACAGCAGUGUGAGUGUGUGAGCCAGAGGAACCGGGGCAAUGUUCUACGCCCACUUUGUCCUCAGCAAACGUGGGCCGCUGGCCAAGAUCUGGCUAGCGGCCCAUUGGGACAAGAAGCUGACCAAGGCCCACGUGUUUGAAUGCAACUUGGAGAGCAGCGUGGAGAGCAUCAUCUCACCGAAGGUGAAGAUGGCUCUCCGUACAUCAGGUCACCUGCUCCUCGGGGUGGUGAGAAUCUACCACAGGAAGGCCAAGUAUCUGCUGGCUGACUGUAACGAAGCAUUCAUCAAGAUCAAAAUGGCUUUUAGGCCAGGUGUGGUGGAUCUACCUGAGGAGAACAGAGAAGCAGCGUACAAUGCUAUCACCUUACCGGAAGAGUUCCACGACUUCGACCAGCCGCUUCCAGACCUGGAUGACAUAGAUGUGGCGCAGCAGUUCACUCUGAACCAGAGCAGAGUGGAGGAGAUCACCAUGAGGGAAGACGUCGGUAACCUCAACCUCCUGCAGGACAACGACUUCGCUGACUUCGGCAUGGAUGACCGGGAGAUGAUGCGUGAUGCCAGCACGUUUGAGGAGGACAUCAUGCACGGAGCCACAGCCUCUAACCUUUUGCUGGAGGCCGAGCCUGGUCCUGCAACUCUCCCCGACAAGUCCAACCACAUGGAGUACGACGACUUUGGGGAUGCCUCCUUGGGCAACAGCGAUGGUGGAAUGCUGGUUGAUAAGCUACUGAGCUCUGAAGAUGGAGGUGGUAUUUUUGACGACCCUCCAGCCAUCACAGGAAGUGUUAUGAUGCCUCCAGACCACGGGGACGAUGAAGACGACUUUGACAACCUCCAGUCACCGGGGCCAGACAGCCCAGACUCUGGACCAGCAGAGCCCCUGCCAGCGAUGGCCGACCAGACAGAACAGACCACUUUGGUCCACAAUGAGGAGGAGGCCUUUGCCCUGGAGCCCAUUGACAUCACUGUGAAAGAGACCAAGGCGAAGCGUAAGAGGAAGCUGAUUGUGGACAGCGUGAAGGAGCUCGACAGCAAGACCAUCAGGGCCCAGCUCUCUGACUACUCCGAUAUCGUCACCACACUAGACCUCGCUCCUCCCACCAAGAAGCUGAUGAUGUGGAAGGAGACCGGAGGAGUGGAGAAGCUGUUCUCUCUGCCCGCUCAGCCCCUCUGGAACGCCAGGCUGCUCAAGAUGUUCACACGCUGCCUGACGCCUCUGGUGCCAGACGAGAUGAGGAAGAGGAGAAAGGGCGGAGAAGCAGACAGCCUGGAUGAGUUCCUCAAAGAGCUGGAGAACCCAGAGGUGCCAAGAGAGGAGGUCAUGAGUCAGCACAGAGAUGUUAUUGACCAGACUAUCAUGGAGGAGCCCAGCUUGCUCGCAGCUUCUGCAAUGGAGGGCAGCAGGACGACUCUGGACGAGACGGCCAUGCCCCCUCCCUCCACCCCCCGCGGCGUCAAACGCAAGACCCUCGACAAAGAUGGCGCCCUUCCUAUGGCUCCCCUGGAGCAGGCGGCUGACCGCUCCGUGUUGUCUCAGAGGUUAGACAUGCCUCAGGUGGAUCUGCCCCCAGAGGAGAACCUCAGCCUCACCCAGCUUGUACCAGAGCUCGACCUGCUCGAAGAGAAGAGCAAAGACAAGAAGGAUGACAGUGAUGAAGAGGAGGAAGAGGACGGCCAAGGCGGAGAUCAGGAUCAGGAGGAGAAGAGAUGGAACAAGAGAACCCAGCAGAUGCUGCACGGUCUUCAGCGCGUCAUGGCCAAGACCGGCGCAGACUCAGUCAGCCUCCUCGAACUGUGCCGAAACAACAACAAGAAACAGGCAGCCGCCAAGUUCUACAGUUUCCUGGUCCUCAAGAAGCAGCAAGCCAUCGAGGUCACCCAGACUGAGCCCUACAGCGACAUCGUCGCCACCGCUGGACCAAGAUUCCACCUUAUCUAGACACCGGAAGAACAGAAAAACACUCUGCUUGCAACAGACCUACUUUUUUAAUUACUCAACCUUUUGCCUUUUUACUUUGUGUUUUCCUGUCUGCCCAUUUUUCUUAGGGAGGGGGGAGUAGCAGGGUAUGGGUUGGAGAGUUUUAAAAAUGGAUUUUACUGUACUACAGAUGGAAUCAUGCAGUACUCAUUUGUUUAAAAAAAGGCGAUGGGGAGAAUGUUUAACAAUUAUAUUUAUAAAGCAACCUUUUUCAGCCACCAAUUUGUAAGCUUUGCUUUAUUUUGUCUUGGAAGUUAGAUUUCCAUCGUCUGCUCAUUCCAGAAGUUUUGUACCAUUGCCCCUCUGACACCUGAACGACUGCAGAUUUUAGACAAGGCACUCUGUAUUUCACAAAACUCUGUACAUGUUGAGGAAAGGUACUGUUUUAUUGCUCAAAAGUGUAACCUCUCCCAUCCUGUUCAUGUUGCACUUGUUCUCUCAUGAUAAACAAAAACCAUAAUCCAUCAUCACAUUGGUAAAUCUUCACCUGGCAUUAGAUAUCAUGUUUCAGAUGUAUAAUUCCAGCAGUUUACCAGUUAAGUUUUCUGUAAUAUUUUUUGUACCUCUUGUUUAUGCUUAUUCACCUUUUUGCAUUAUGUAACUAGGUAAUGUACUUGUUACAGUUAAGUUCAGUAUCCCACCUUUUUAGUCUUUGGGUAACUUCUAGUUGUGAUACAUCUGUAAAGAUUUGAAAUAAAGUGUUUUAAGUAUUUGGUAA